AUGAUUGGUUUUGUAAUCUUCUCUCCGGGAAUACUGAUAGUAAUCAGAAGCAGACCUAAAGAAUUACAAUAUUACGGAAUAUUUCUGAUAAUCCCAUUAUUAGUGACAAUCAUUUGCCUAAUCCUACAAUUGUCUCAAAAAAGCGAUUUAUUUGAUCCGACGGAUUGGUAUCUGUUUGGCAUUGCAUUCGGUUUGUUGGCGAUUAUAAUCAACUUGUUUUUGUUUGUCAAUGAAAUCAAUACAUAUGGCAAUCAUCAGCUCAUCAUUACAUCCAAAUGCAAAGAAGAAGAGGCCGUUUGAAUGGCCUUUAUAUGAAACACAUCUCAAAUAUGUUGUAUAUUAUU